UUUUUGGUAAACACAACAGGCUUCCGGUGCAUAUCGACUUUCUGCCUGUUCGCCUGGUAACCGAUGAAUUUCGUUGAUCAUUUAAACAAAUGGGCGAGUAGAGUGGAUAUGGACUACGGGAACAAACUGAACCAGGCUCUCUCCUCUAGCUCUAAAUUUCUACCCACAGCAGGAGGACCGCGGGGGGCUGCACCGUUUCAGCACUACGGCCGUCCGUUGGGGCACGGCGUGAAAGUCAAAGAGGAGGACGAGAGUGUCGAGGAUUUCUUCCAUUUCGCUCAGCAUCUUCAGCAGCAAACAGGAGAGUGCCUCACAGCUUGCUGCGGUGGAGCAAAUCCCAAAACGACACCUCUCACAGCAUCUCUAACUGCCGCUCUCCCUAACGCUCUCACUAGCCCUCCACCCAAACCAAACAGCCAGCCUUCGGCGGAGAGGCCGUAUCACUGCCAGGACUGUGGAAAGUAUUUCAGAAUCAGUGACAUUAAGCGCCACCAGAGAAUUCACAGUGGCGAGAGGCCGUUCCCUUGCUUUCAGUGCGGUAAGAAUUUCCCCACGUCAGGAGACCUAAAAAGGCACGAGAGGAUCCACACGGGAGAGCGGCCGUACCACUGCCUGCAGUGCGGCAAGAAUUUCUCAGAUUCGGGGCACCUGAAGCAGCACGAGAGGAUGCACACGGGGGAGAGGCCUUACCAGUGUUCACAGUGCGCUAAGCGCUUCUACAGAUCGGGAGACCUAAAGAGACAUCUCAGAAUCCACAGCGGGGAACGGCCUUACAAAUGCCCCCAGUGCGAAAAGACCUUCUCCGAUUCCGGACAUUUGCGGGGUCACCAGCGUAUCCACACGGGAGAAAGACCCCACCGCUGCACUCUGUGCGAGAAGAGCUUCUUUAGAUCAGGUGAUCUGAAGAGGCACCAUAGGACGCACACCGGAGAGCGGCCUUACCAGUGCUACCAGUGUGGAAAGAGCUUCUCCGAAUCGGGACACCUCAAGGAGCACAGGCGGAUUCACACCGGUGAAAAACCUUAUCACUGCAACCAGUGUGACAAGAGCUUCUCUAGGCUGGAGAGGCUCAAGGGCCACCAGAGCAUCCACACGGGGGAGAGGCCCUUUCACUGCGCACAGUGCGGCAAGAACUUCUUCAGGUCCGGAGAGCUGAAGAGGCACCAGAGGAUACAUAAUGGGGACAGAGCGUAAAAUUCACUUACAUUAGGGCUAGUUUUGAUCUUUGGUUUUUGCAGGGCAUUUGUUUUAUUUUAUUAUAUAUGUGGCCAGUCUGACUGCUAAUGUCACUGUACUGCAGGACUGUUUCUGCCCUGGGUAACAUACGGUUCAACAGAAGCUCUAGGGUUAAAGGUAUACUCUGGCUUUUUUAAACCUAAUAUCUGUCUGCUGUAUCUGUAUCGUUUGAAAAGUCCAUUUUUGCCAGGAAGAGGAGGAAAAAAUAGUCUGAGAAUUUUUUUUCUCCUUUUCUGGUUCUGCAGUAGACAGCAGUAUGUCUACAUUUUGACUUAUUGUUUUGUAUCUUGACUUAUUUUAGUGUCUUGAAAUAAUUAACACAUUAUUUUAACAUAGUAUCUCAAAUUUUGAGUUAUUUUGAGAUAAGCAGGAUUUUGAGAAACCUAAAUUUGCAUCAGUAGUCAGUAUUUUGUGGUUAAGUAAAUAUUUUGAAAUAAUAAGUCAAUAUUUAAAAAUACUAAUUAAUAUAUUGCCAUACUGCUGUGAGAAACUGAGAAAAAGCAAACACUGGCCUUUUUUGUCCUCUACCUGGUGGAAGUGGGAUUCGUAUGGUCAGUUACCUCAGACCGUGAUUUUAAUGCAUUUCUUUAUAUGUGACAAAAGAACAGAAAACCUGUUGACUCAAACUGUUUAUAAUAGAAGCCAGUGGGCAGUUGCUUCUGUUGUUAGUUGUUUUAAAAUUUCAAGUAAUCAGGUCUUCUGUUCUUUUUAUUAUAUGGUAUAAAUGCAGCGGAUGGAGAAUAGGUUGAAAAGUGCAUUCCUUUAAGGUAUGUUCAUGAAGGGCUGAAGCAAAAACUUGCAUACACGUUGGCUCUUGUAGAAGGAGGGUCAGACCUGCCUGUGCUAUUUAAUGUAUGUACCCCCAGAUACUAAUGGAGAGGGCAGUUACCUGACUGGCCUUUGACAUUCCUUGAUAAAAAUGAAUAUGGAUUCUUAUUUGAAUUUUUUUCGAAAAAGAGAUAAGUGUAGAUAUUCCCAUCCAAGUUAAAGGUAUUUUUUCCCCUCAUCGCUCAUUUCCAAUCCAGUUGUAUUCCAAAUCACUUUAUAACCGCUACCUCUACAUGCCUUUAUUUACAGGGAAGCGCCUUUAGAGCAUGACCUGUGGAGGUGGUUGCCUUCAAUUAUCAAAACAGGGCCACUGUUACUCACUGGCAACCUCUGCAUCCGGCUAAAGUAACACUCAUCUAUUGUUUCUCUCCCGUAGAUGUUUUUAUAGAUGCUCAUAUUCCCAUAACAUUUACAAAAAGUGGCGUUUAAAGUGUGGAUUGUACAGUACAAUGUUUGUAUAUUGUAGCAAGGUAUAUGUCAAGUGAAAGACUCUGUAGAACUGUAUAUUGUAAAGGAGAUUCUUUAUGUGUAUGCUUACUUGUAUUUACAAAUAUUACUUGCUUUUUUACUUUUUAAACCCUUCACAAGCGCGUGCUGAAUUCCAUUAGUGUUCAGAAGCAGUCAACGGCUGUGAUGGUUGACUUAGACAUGAGACGUGUGUGUCCCUGACAUUAACUUUUGUCAUGUUUCCUUUGAUGUAUCACUGUAUGUAACGGCACACAAUGAUCUUGUGCUUGCAUCUGCCACUAUUGUGGCACUGUAAAAUGCUACUGUACUCAUCAUGUAAACAGUACAUGGGGAAAAUAUUCUAAGUAUGACACUCUGUCCACUCCUCAAAUAUAUUUUUCACCACUAUCUUGAAAGUAGUAUUUACCAAGUGAGAGUGUCCUCUGUUGUGGAACCACAAUUUAUGAUUCAUUUGUUUUUUAAAACAUGAAAUAUUUGGGGUCUGCACUUAUAGGCGAAGUGUGUAUUAAUCCAAUCUUUCACAGAUCCUAUGAAUUAGAUUUAGUGUCUAACUACAUUUUUGUUUUUGUUAAAACAUUUUUUUUUUCCGUAUUGCUGUCAUUUUUUUUAAAGACAUAUGUAUGUAUUUAACCAUUCAUGAGAUGUGUUUAGUUUAGUUGUCCUUGAUUCAAUCAGAUGUUUUUAAGAAACAACAGAAAACGCCUUGGCAAAAUACCACAGAGUGGUAGAGAAUGAGGUGAAGCAGAUUUCUGAUUGAAUCCAGGCUCUAGAGUAGGUGUGGUAUUUUCCUACCCUGGGCUGCCCCAUCCUUUGCCUGUGCAUGAGUGCUUUCUUCAUAUGUUAAUGUAAUUAUCCCUUAUUUGCACAAAAUAAAUACAUAAUCUCAGCUCACA